AUGGAUACACUGUCUUCUAUCAUCGACACUUCCAAGCGGUCUCUACUCGUCUCAAUUUUAACUAUAGCAUUCAAUCCGACGGCGUGGAAUAUCAUCGCGCGAAAUGAGUUCCAUAACAAGACCAUAACGCGAAUUUUUGGGGGCAACGCACGAUACGGAUGCUACUUCCUUGCUUUGUGCAUAUUCACCGCCGGGAUACUGCGGGACCACUUGUACCAGAAAGCGCUCUUCGAACAACCUCGGGUCAAAAUACUUCCUGAGCCGCUGGACACCGUGAUUCCAACCGCACUGUUCGCCCUCGGCCAGACGUUCGUAAUUACAUCGACAUGGGCGCUGGGAAUAACCGGAACAUUCCUCGGGGACUACUUCGGCAUUCUCAUGGACCACCGCGUCGAGGGCUUCCCGUUUAACGUACUCCGUGACCCGAUGUAUGUUGGUAGCACCAUGUGCUUCGCCGCAACGGCUUUGUGGAUGGAACGCCCGGCCGGACUACUGAUCACUGUGUACGUGUAUAUCGUAUACCUCAUUGCGCUUCGAUUUGAAGGACCGUUCACGGACAUGAUCUACUCUCAACGUGUCACCAAGAAGGAGGCUGAUGAAUCAAAGAAAGAGCUCUGA